UGUCACCAAAUCUGAUCAAUCAAACACUGUCAACUGCUCCACAUUACAUUCAAAGCAGGCGGCGUCGUAGCACAUGGUUCAUCAUAAAGUCCGAAAUCCAGGCUCGCGUAGUGCACUGACAAGGGAAUGGUCGGUAUAUUGGGACGCGGCCGCAAUACAUAACGGUUCACCUCCUUCCAGACUGAUAUGCCUGAAAAACUUUGUAACUUUUUACAAAGUACUGAUUGGCUAAGUCUUUCAUUUGUUCAGUUUGUGUUUAGAGGAACAAUUUUUUAAAGUAUAUUUUGAGCAAGAUGCCUGUAUGCUAUAGUCUCCUGACACGUCAGGAUUCUCGCUCUCAGUUUCGUCUCGUCUUUAAGACUGUCAGGACCUCGUCACUUCAUUUUACUUCACUUUAGACGACCAUAUUUGGUCUCGUAGCUUUAAAAUACGUACUUUUUCAGAGUUGCGUACUUUAUGGAAUGGCAUCGGCGGUGUUUGAGGGAACCUCCCUGGUCAACAUGUUCGUAAAAGACUGCUGGGUUAACGGCAUCCGCAAGCUGAUUAUAAGCCCAAGGGGCGAGGAAGAGGAGUUCUUCGACAUACGGACCGAGUGGUCGGAUAGAAACGUCUUGUACCUCCACCGAAGUUAUGCGGAUUUGGGACGACUUUUUAAAAGACUUCUGGACUGUUUCCCGGAAGACAGACGAGAUUUGUCCAAGUCACCUUUAAUAGAAGGUCUCAGGAAGAUUAAAAAGGCAAAGGACAUUGAGGUCAAGCUAAUUGAGGUGGAGAGGCUGUUGAAGAAUGCUAUCAAUAUGCCUUGGAAGUUUUCCAGGUCAGAGGUUGUCUUAACAUUCUUUGAACGUUCACCCCUGGAUCAAUUGCUAAGGAAUGACAAAAUCCAGAAGAUACAGCCAUGCUUCCAGAGCCCCUACCAGAUAUCAGAGAUUAUGAGGUCAAAUGGCUUCUGCCUGGCAAACACAGAGACUAUUGUAUUUGAUGAGAAUGUUCCUCAGGAUGAGGACAGACCAUCUUCUACAGACAUGGCUCACCUUUCGUAUGACAAGUGUCAGUCUGUGGAACAGGACCUCAGUGAUGAUGACACAGAGGCAUAUGUAACAAACCUGUCCUACUACCACCUAGUACCAUUUGAGAGGGACAUCAUGGAGUGAAGGGACAUGAUGCUGAUGCUUUAAAUCUCUAUUCUAACAGUGCCAUAAGCUGUUGGAUGUCUCAUUGCUGCUUAAAGUUGGCUGAUUGACAUGGGUGGUUAGUCUAAUUUAAAGAAAAUGUUUAAAAAUGUUUCAUUGUUGUUAUUAGUCACUGCAGAGUUUUUCCAUCUUAAGCAAAUUAAAUCUCUAAAAAGCUCUGAGCAUUGUAGAUGUGGCAGGUGAAACUGCAGAGAAUAUUUAAUUCAGAAUAAUUAUUCUGUGUCAACUAUGAUGCAGUAGACUCAAGUGCAUAAAAAUACUGGGAAGGUUGUGUUAUGUAUGAGAGUUAUCCCUGAAAUCUCCUGGUAGUGAAAAGGGUUAAACCGUUGGCACAGUCACAAUGUACAUAUAAGAAUAUAAAUUUGUAAAACGUCCUGAUUGUUAUAUAAGGGAAAUUAAAAUCAAUUUAAUGAUUCUCAGUUUUGUUCACAGGGGACAGUUUGAAGAAGAAAGGUAAAUAUCUAAUUUAGGGCUUUAAUAAUAACAAAAAAAAUACACCAGGGUAAACAGCCCAAAAGCGAUGAUAAAAAAACAGGCAAAAUCUGUAAUAAACAAACAAAAACUCCAAGGCAAGGGGCACGGUGGCUUAGUGGUUAGCACGUUCGCCUCACACCUCCAGGGUCGGGGUUCGAUUCCCGCCUCCACCUUGUGUGUGUGGAGUUUGCAUGUUCUCCCCGUGCCUUGGGGGUUUCCUCCGGGUACUCCGGUUUCCUCCCCUGGUCCAAAGACAUGCAUGGUAGGUUGAUUGGCAUCUCUGGAAAUUUGUCCCUAGUGUGUGAUUGCGUGAGUGAAUGAGUGUGUGUGUGCCCUGCGAUGGGUUGGCACUCCGUCCAGGGUGAAUCCUGCCUUGAUGCCCAAUGGCGCCUGAGAUAGGCACAGGCUCCCCGUGACCCGAGGUAGUUCGGAUAAGCGGUAGAAGAUGAAUGAAUGAAAACUCCAAGGCAGAGAGGGAAGACAGAACAUCAAAGGAAAAAAAAUGUGGACACAGAGAGCUAACAAAUAAGGCAUUUUAACUUCAGCAAGAGUAAACUAUCCAUAGCAACAAUGAAACUGAGGUCUUUAUAGAAGCUAUACAAAUUAAUUGGAGUACAGGUGGGAACCUGAGUCAGUAGGCAUAGUGGUAGAGGAUCCUGGGAUUUGGGCUUUCUUGAACAACUCAGUUUAUGAAAGUCAUGAUUAAUAAUCAUGAAGUCAAAUACAGAAAAACUUUGUUAAAAUAGUGAGUAUCAAAAAUUUCAAGAAUUGAUAAGGCUAUAUGAAAGCGAUGACUACAAGGCAGAAUUUUCCUGAUAUUUGCUAAUAAUGCAAAUAGCUAAGGAGAUUAGCUUUCCUCAGUGCCACACAGGAACUUGAUUGUUGAAACCAUUUAUGACUGCUCAUAACUCAGCACAGGGAGCUCAAAUCUUAUAUAGCGAACCUGAAAACAAGGAACAAAAAAUAGACGUGAAUUUAUUUAUCAGUUUAAAAAACAAAUUAUCUGCUCCUGAUUUAUUUAUUUGUCUAUAUAUAAUCAACAUGUGAUUACCUAUAAUGCCUUCUGACUACCUGCUAGACAAACUUUGUUUAGGAGGAGCUAAAGAUUCCAAUGCGAGUUGUGGGUGCUGUUUCCAGACUCAAACAGCGUGAGCUCUGUAGUACAGUAUUCUCCUUUGCCAAAAGCUAACAAUGCAGUUUGAUGUCUAGUAAAGCCAAAAAACAAGGCACAGUUCUGUACAGUGUACUGUAAACACUCUUGUAUUGUUUAUAUUUUCUAGAUUUUAAUAUUAUGUAAUUAAACACUUCCUGGUUCCUUUCCAAGUGACCAUUGUUCUUUCAUGUGUCUAGCCUUCCUGCUUGCACUGAUCUUAGACAAUUAAACAAAACAAAAAAACAAAUAGAUGGAGUAAUUUAAAUGGCUUUAUUUGUAUUAUUUUUUUUAUUUAACAUGAAAUAUUUAUCAGGGGGCACGGUGGCUUAGUGGUUAGCACGUUUGCCUCACACCUCCAGGGUCGGGGUUCGAUUCCCGCCUCCACCUUGUGUGUGUGGAGUUUGCAUGUUCUCCCCGUGCCUCGGGGGUUUCCUCCGGGUACUCCGGUUUCCUCCCCCGGUCCAAAGACAUGCAUGGUAGGUUGAUUGGCAUCUCUGGAAAAUUGUCCCUAGUGUGUGAUUGCGUGAGUGAAUGAGUGUGUGUGUGUGCCCUGCGAUGGGUUGGCACUCCGUCCAGGGUGAAUCCUGCCUUGAUGCCCGAUGACGCCUGAGAUAGGCACAGGCUCCCCGUGACCCGAGGUAGUUCGGAUAAGCGGUAGAAGAUGAAUGAAUGAAUGAAUGAAUGAAAUAUUUAUUAUUUUUCUAAUCAUGAAAUUUUAUUUUUUAUCAUUUGUUAUAUAAUUAGUGUGUCUGUUCCUCUUAUCCAGUUAUAAGUCAAUAGAAGUAGGAAAUAAAAGGAAAAAAUCUAUUUAUUCAGCUGAUUGUAUUUUAAGAUAUAAAAUUGUUGUAUUAAUUUUUAUUGUUUAUUAUUUUUAAUCUGCCUUUAAAGCUUGUUUUCUGUGUAUUUCUUUGCCAUGUUCCAUACCAUUAUUAAACUCAUGUGCAAUAACGUUCUCUCUGUGGCAUUGAUGGGGCACAGAUAACAGAAUUUUAUAUACAGUAACUGAAAGGCUUCAUAACAGAAAAAUACAUUUGUUUAGUAAAUCCCUGGAAUAUUAAUUGUUAAUUAAUUGUAAACAAAAGGAGAAAUUAUCUAUUGUGUGUGAUUAAUUAUAUCACUUCGAUACAGUAUACAUCCUUGUUUUGCGCUGCUUUAACAUGUCCUGUGUAAUCAAUAAAACAUGACAGAGCAUGCUGUAUUAAGGGAAAUAGUAUAGGACAGGGUGACAUGCGAUCUAUGUAAAACAGAGUUACUGUCAUGAACCUGAAGUUCUAGUUUUCUCUCUCUCUCGACACAAAAUAAAUAUUUUUACUGUAAAAUGGCAAAAUA